GAAGCUUGAAAUUUCAAGGUCAGCCUAUGACUUUAUAUAACGACAAGUUUGUUUAAAUCGCUCACUGCUACUUUCAUACUCGCCAGUUCGUACGUUUUUUGGCGGGACCCUGUUAAGUGAAGUACUUUACUCGCAGCAACAAUGGGAGAAGGUGGCAAAGAGAUUAAAGGAUUGAGUUUCGUUGAGAAUUUUCUACUUAGCGGUGCGGCUGCCGUCAUCGCUAAGACUGCUGCUGCUCCCAUCGAGCGCGUUAAGUUGCUAGUGCAGAAUCAGGAUGAAAUGAUUAAACAGGGACGUCUUGAUAAACCAUACUCCGGUGUCAUCGACUGUACUGUACGAACUUUUAGAUCUGAGGGUUUGUUACCGUUUUGGAGAGGAAAUUUUCCCAAUUGCUUGAGAUACUUCCCUACGCAAGCGUUAAAUUUUGCUUUUAAGGACAAAGUAAAGUCAGCAUUUCAGCAAAAUAAGGAUGAUCCAUACAUGGUCGCAUUUUACAAAAAUGUUGUCAGUGGUGGAACAGCUGGAGCUAUGUCGCUUGUAUUCGUCUACUCCCUCGAUUACGCUCGAACUCGUCUAGCUAAUGACAAUAAGUCUGCAAAGAAAGGUGGAACUCGUGAGUUCAAUGGUCUCGUUGAUGUCUAUGUUAAAACUUUUAAGUCCGAUGGCAUCGUUGGCCUCUAUAGAGGCUUUGUCAUAUCUUGCUUCGGUAUUGUCGUUUAUAGAGGAUUCUACUUUGGGCUGUACGAUACGUUGAAACCGAUCUUCCUUGGAGCGGACGCAGGUGUUACAGUCAGCUUCCUUCUAGGUUAUGGAGUUACUGUAACAGCUGGUUUAAUAUCCUACCCGAUUGAUACCAUUCGCCGACGCAUGAUGAUGACAUCAGGCCAGGCUGUUAAAUACAAAAGUUCGAUUCAGUGCGCCGCGCAAAUAUUGAAGAAUGAAGGCCCAAUGUCUUUCAUGAAGGGCGCAGGUGCCAACAUACUUCGUGGUGUCGCCGGAGCUGGUGUUUUGGCUGGAUUUGAUAAGUUUAAAGAAUUAUACGCCGACUUCAGAUUGCCAAAGAAACCAACUCCCUAAACUUCGCAGUUAGUGAUACAUUGUAAAGCUAGUUUGUAAUUUAGUUCUAUUCUUGGAUAUCUAGCAUUUUCAUGUAACUGAUGGUUAUUAAAAAUCCUGCACCGCAUGCUUCUCACUUCUCAUUGAAAUUUUGGGUUUGAAAGAGUUCUUCACCUAUCAUGAAUCAAAACUGCUUUCCAAAUUUUUCUCUCGCAUAGUUGUGCUCACCUUUCUAGAUGCUGAAGUUAAAGCAAUUCUUUAGAUAAUAAAUUUUUGAAGAUA